AUGUUCAGCUACCUCCGGCAACGCUUCACCAGCCACCUCCGGGAGCGCAGCCGGCGCAGGGCCAGGCUGGUCUCCAAAGAUGGGAGGUGUAACAUCGAGUUUGGCAAUGUGGAGCAGUCCAGGUUUGUCUUUUUGAUUGAUAUAUGGACCACCAUCCUGGACCUCAGGUGGAGAUACAAAAUGACUAUCUUCAUUUCAGCCUUCUUGGGCAGCUGGUUUCUGUUCGGGCUCCUCUGGUACGUGGUGGCCUACAUCCACAAAGACCUGCCUGAGUUCAACCCCUCCAUAAAUCACACCCCCUGCGUGGAGAACAUCAACGGCCUCACCUCAGCCUUCCUGUUCUCCCUGGAGACCCAGGUGACCAUCGGUUAUGGCUUCAGGUGUGUCACGGAGCAAUGUGCCACUGCCAUCUUCCUGCUCAUCUUCCAGUCCAUCCUGGGGGUGAUCAUCAACUCCUUCAUGUGUGGGGCCAUCUUGGCCAAGAUCUCCAGGUCCAAGAACAGGGCCAAGACCAUCACCUUCAGCAAGAACGCCGUCAUCAGCAAGCGUGGGGGGAAGCUCUGCCUCCUCAUUCGGGUGGCCAACCUCAGGAAGAGCCUCCUGAUCGGGAGCCACAUCUAUGGGAAGCUCCUCAAGACCACCAUCACCCCAGAAGGAGAGACAAUCAUUCUGGACCAGGUCAACAUAGAGUUCGUAGUCGACGCCGGCAACGAGAAUCUCUUCUUCAUCUCCCCUCUAACCAUUUAUCACAUCAUAGACAAGAACAGCCCCUUCUUCCACAUGGCAGCAGAGACCAUCCUGCAGCAGGAUUUCGAGCUGGUGGUGUUUUUAGACGGCACUGUGGAAGCCACCAGUGCCACCUGCCAGGUGAGGACGUCCUACAUCCCCGAGGAGGUGCUCUGGGGCUACCGCUUCGCUCCCAUCGUGUCCAAGACCAAAGAAGGGAAGUACAGGGUUGACUUCCAGAACUUCAGCAAGACGGUGGCUGUGGAGACGCCCCACUGUGCCUUCUGCCUCUACAACGAGAAAGAGGCUAAAGCCAAAGAGAAGAAAGGUUAUGACAACCCUGGGUUUGUCCUUGAGGUCAGUGAAACCAGCGACACAAAAAUGUAG